CAUAUCGCGAGAACUCUGGGUGCCGGGGCCGGAUUCUUUCGUGGCUGGGUGUCUGGGUCGGUCCAAGGUGCGCUCGGGUCACCGGAAGAAGCCCUGCCAGCUGGAACAGUGAGCAGAAUGAAUACUUCCCUGGAACAGAGUGGCUGCCACAGUAAUAGAGAAACCCUUCUGAGGUGCAGCGAUGCACGGAGGGAGCUGGAGCUCGCUAUUGGUGGAGUACUCCGGGCUGAACAGCAAAUUAAAGAUAACUUACGAGAGGUCAAAGCUCAGAUCCACAGUUGCAUAAGUCGCCAUCUAGAGUGCCUCCGGAGCCGUGAGGUGUGGCUCAAUGAGCAGGUAGAUCUCAUCUAUCAGCUUAAAGAGGAGACACUACAGCAACAGGCUCAGCAGCUUUACUGGCUAAUGGGCCAGUUCAGUUGUCUUAUUCAUCAGCUGGAGUACACCCAGAGCAAAGAUCUCGCCAAUCAAGUCUCUCUGUGCCUGGAGAGACUGGGUAGUUUGACUCUUAAGCCUGAAGAUUCAACUGUCCUGCUCUUUGAAGCAGACACAUCUGCUCUGCGCCAGACCAUCACCACAUUUGGAUCCCUUAAGACAAUUCAAAUUCCUGAGCACCUGAUGGCUCAUGCCAGCUCUUCAAAUACUGGGCCUUUCCUAGAGAAAAGAGGCUAUAUCCAGGUGCCAGAGCAGAAGUCAGCGUCCAGCAGCACAGCUGCUUCUCUCAGUGAAUGGCUUCUUGUGAGCAAACCUGCUGUUAUUGGUCAUCAGGCUCCUUAUGUACCUAGUACCAACCCACAGGACUGGCUUACCCCAAAACAGACCUUGGAGAACAGUCAGACUUCUGCCAGAGCCUGUAGUUUCUUCAACAAUGCCUGGGGCAAUCUAAAGGGCUUAGAGAACUGGCUCCUCAACAGUCAUCAAGACAUUCCUGGAAAACCAAGUUCCUCAAAGUCUAACAGCCAUUGCAGCACCAGCUCUUUCUCAACUGAAGCUGAAAAGGUCCAAGAUAUAGAGCUCUUUGAUCAAGAAGAACUGGACCUGUCAGAUUGGCUGGUGACUCCCCAAGAACCCUGUGAACUGGAGAAGCCUGAGAACGGCAGCUGUGAAACCAGUGAGAAGUUUAACCUCUUAUUCCAGGUGUUCAAAGAGCCCUACAAUGUGAAUGAUUGGCUUGUCAAGCCUGACUCCUGUACCAACUGUCAGGGUAACCAGCCCAGAGGUGUGGAGAUUGAGAACCUGGGUAAUUUGAAAUGCCUGAAUGACCACUUGGAGGCCAAAAAACCACUUACGGUCCCCAGCAUAAACACCGAGGGUUGGCUUGUCCAGAACCAUCAGGACCCAUGUAGAGUAGAGGAAGUAUGCAAAGCCAACGAACCCUGCACAAGCUUUGCAGAGUGUGUGUGUGAUGACAACUGUGAGAAGGAAGCUGUGUAUAAAUGGCUUCUGAAGAACGAAGGAAAAGAUAAGAAUGGAAUGCCUGUGGACCCCAAAUCUGAGUCUGAGAAACGCAAAGAGUUCCUGAAUCUGUGGGUCUGCACUUCCAGAAAUGAGCUAAUAGAACAAGCUAAGGCACCCAAGGCAAUGGCUCCUGCUAGAAUUGCUGAUCCAUUCCAAGUCAUAAGGAACAGCUGCCUGUCAGAGUGGCUUAUUCGGCCCACAUGCAAAGGAAGAAACCCUAAGGAAGUGCCCAGUACUGAGGAGAGAGCUGGUAAAGAAAUGCUUAAAGGCCCUAUGACCACUUCCUGGCGUCCUUUUAAUACUGCUGACUGGGUCUUACCAGGAAAGAAAGUGGGAAACCUCAGCCAGUUCUCCUCUGGGGAAGAUAAGUGGCUACUUCGAAAGAAGGCCCAGGAAGUAUUUCUGAAUUCACCCCUACAAGAAGAACAUAACUUCCGUGGCCUCCCUGCAGUGUGUGAUCUUUUUGCCUGUAUGCAGCUUAAAGUUGAUAAAGACAAAUGGCUGUAUAGAACUCCUCUACAGAUGUGAAGCAAUGGACUACUAGAACUGAGCAGCUUUCCUGCAGAUCACCACAUCCUCGAGCUGAGCGACUAUGACCUGCCAAGCCGUUGUUUAUUCCAGGCCUGACUAGUCAGCUUCAUUCCUCUCCUGCUUAGUUUUGGACUAGUAAACAGAAAUCAUACAAUUAUGAGCUAGUGUGUGAAAGAGGCUUAAUGCUAAGGUAUUGCAGCUCCUUCUUGUGGAAGCACUACCAAACUGACUCCCUUACUAGAAACAGCAUUUCGGAACGUUGGCCUUUAGCAGCUUCAACGGCAAACACUAGUUUUAAAAGUGAAAUAUUUCUAUAUCAAGUGUGUUUAAUGUGUUCUAAAACUAGUAAACUUUCCUGACUUUUGAUUGCCUUUUAGCUGUUUCUCUUGCUAUGAACUUCUAGUGGUUUGAAAUUUUUCUGUUCAGUUGAUAUAUUAUAUAGAAUAUUUCACAGAAUUAAUCUUGCCAAUACAGUAUAUUUCCCUCUACUAAAUGUCUAUUAGUUACAUUGCAAUUUUUGAUAUUAAUCAGAUAUUUAGGCUACAUGUCAUUUCUAACAUUUUUCAUUCAAAAGAAAUUAAGCUACUGCAAUUGCUGCCUUUAUUCCUUUCCAAGUAUCUACUAAGCUCUUUAUUGCUUCAAGACCACUUUUAGGGCAGUCAGAGCCCCUGAAGUUCUCCAAACCUUGCUUUAAAGAGCCCCAGGCCAACAAAAACAGAAAGGCAAGAUGUGUUAGGAAUUCAGUACUGACCACCUGUCACCCUGUGUAAAUGGAAGCUGAGCUUGACACCUGGUGCUCUUAACUAGGGAUAAAGUCAAUGUCCGGUCACUUCAAGCACAGCAUCCUGAACCUCCAAAAGUACAAUGCAGUGACAUCUUGAUCAACAGGCUGUACUCAACACUUGUGCCUUGGAGUGUUUAUUGAAUCUUCAUAGAACUGACGUCCUUGAGUUAUGCUUACAUUUUAGAAAGUUUCUCUGUAGGAGAGUAGCAGGAUUUAUGUUUUACAAUUCUCCAGGAUAACUUUAAGCCUUUGAACUGCCUAUUGGAAGUACUUGUGGGAAAAUUUUACGGUCUCAUAGUGACAUUACCAUACAGCUCUGGAUCACAGCUGAAAAGAGCCUAUUUUUUUUAUGUCCCCCCAGAUACCACUGAGUAUUAUGAAGUUGGUGGGUAAAAACAAUUUAAAGAGCCUUCCCAACAUCUUAAGUUGCAGGGAACUUUGUAGUUUCUCUUUUGAGGUCUAACACACUGUAUUUUACAUUAUUAAAAUGUAAUUUAAGUUAAUCACUAUUCUAAUGAUACAUAAACCAUUCUUUUGCAUUGAUAAAUUUUAUAUCUCCAUUAAAAGCAUAAUGGCCACAU